ACCAUCCUCAAUACCAGAGUUCAAUGGAACUUCCUGUACCACUAUAUUACAAAGGCACUAUAACUCUCAGACCGGGCAACCCAUCACUAGCCCUGUAGAUUCGUCGUCACAGUCAAUCUCAGCAUCUGGCCCAGACUCAAUAUCUUUUCUCAUCCGAAAGACCCAAGAUCUGGACACGGGUAUUCCGACCUCAAUCCUCCCCCAACGCCAUCUUCGCCUCCACCCGAGGACGCUUUGUCUCUUCCUACGACCCUUUCAGGUCCACCUGCAUGCGCUUACCAACCAGAUCCUCAACAGUCAUAUGCAGUCCCUCCAUUCCACACACAUGCCUUCGUAGCCGCGCUCGAGAAGUCCUUCCCCACACCCACAGCGCGAAGUCUGAUGAGGGCCACGCGUGCUUUGCUCGUGGACAGAAUAGAUCGCGUAAGGCGGGAAGGCCUCACGGUCAAAGAUUUGGAUAAUCAAGCAUAUUUAUUCCGUGCAGCGCUUUCUGAGCUUCGCGCAGAGCAAACCGCAAGAUCUCGUAAUGAAAGCGCGACAAUACGCUCUGCCACAGCUGCGUUGCGCCGAGAAGUCGAUCGUUUGGAUGUCAAGAUGAAAGAAGACCUUGGUAGCUUGAAACAUGACAUACAAAUGGAGCUUGACACUCGCAAGAAUGAGUCAAAGGCACAGCUGAAACAACAGACAAUCGCAAUUGAGGAAGUCCUGAAUAAGGCGAUCAUAACGCUCAGUGACCUCCGCGCAAACAUGGAAGAGGUAAAAUGGAAUAACAUGCGUCAAGCUGUUGCUGCACUGGGCGCUUUUGUUCUAUCAAUUGUUAUCGGCAUGGAACUGUAUACAUUCAGACAACCGAAGCCGCCGCCGCCCCCGGCUGUGUUGAAGGAAAGAUCACCUCCAAAUGGUGAGGCGGUGUCUCAGGUGUCAUAGCACACAGCUCCAAGGCGCAGGCUUUACCGCAUCACUCCUGGGCCUUAGGCCUUAUCGCUCACACGGACGUGCAGAUAAGUCGCUAUCAUACACCCACAUUCAUCUAUACCGUCUACAGCUUGGACAUUUACAUAGAGAAA